AUGUACAGAUUUAAAUCGUUCGUAUUUGAUGAUGAAGAGGAUGCUAAAAAGUUUGCACCAGUCCUCAAGAAAUUUGAUGACUAUUUUGUGCCAAAGCGCUACAUAAUUCAUGAACGUGCUAAGUUUCAUCAGUGUAGACAGAAUCCAGGUGAGAACGUUGAAACUUUCGUUAGGAAUCUAUAUGAGAUUGCUGAACAUUGUGAUUUUAAAGAUAGGGAUGACCAAAUCAGAGACAGAAUAGUACUAGGGAUUCUAGUUCGGGGCCUCUCCGAGAAACUUCAGCUCACAGCAGAUUUAAAGCUUGAAGGCGCUAUUGAGAGAGCGAGACAGAGCGAGAUGGUAAAAUCACAAAUUAAGGAUCAGUCCUUAUCCCACAAACACGUAGAAGGAGUCCGUAAAAGCACAGAUUGUACUAGCCAUAACAAUCACAGUCAACAACAAAAUCGGAGACGUCGUGGUCCACCCAAAAACACACGUCACCCUCGUAGUACAAACAACAACACAGACCAGUUCCAAUCACAGAGCCGAUGUUCAAAGUGCAACUUGCGACACAACAAAGAUAAAUGUUUCGCCAAAGGGAAGCAAUGUCGCCGCUGCCAUGGUUACAACCACUUCGCAGUUUGUUGUACUCGACAGGCCGUGGAUGAUGUGCACCACUCACCUGCAGCAGGGGAUCCACUUUUCCUAGGAGCAGUGACCGGUUGCAAGGAUGAUGACGAGCCCUGGAACGUAAACCUGAAACUGUGUGACAAAGUUGUAACUUUCAAAAUAGACACAGGGGCUGACACCUCAGCAAUCAGUGAAGGCACUUUUCGUCAACUGAAUCAUCCGGGACCACUGGAAAAAGCAGAACCUCUCUUUGGACCAGGAGGAAGACUCCAAUGUUUAGGGAAGUUCAAUGCUGAAACUACCCAUAAGGACAAACAUUACUCAUUUCCUGUGCACGUCAUCAGAGGUAACAGUAACCUGCUAGGAAGAUAUACAGCUAGUACCAUGGGUCUGAUUCUGAAAGUUAAUAAUGUACAGACUAAUAUACCAGUGUUCGGGAGCUUUGGACUAGUCAAGUGUGACCCAGUUAAAAUUACACUCAAAAGAGAUUAUAAACCGUAUUGCCUUACUACAGCUCGAAGGGUUGCAUUCCCCUUAUUAACCAAAGUAGCAGCUGAACUCCGUCGUCUGGAGAGUGAAGGAAUCAUAGAGAAAGUGGAGAAACCUACAGACUGGUGUUCACCAAUGGUUCCGGUUGUCAAGAAAAAUGGAAACGUACGAAUAUGUGUUGAUUUAAAAAGGCUGAACGAUGCAGUAAAGAGAGAACACUAUAUGCUACCCAACCUGGACGACAUAGCACCAAAGCUUACAGGAGCACAAUAUUUCUCAAAGUUAAAUGCAUCCAGUGGCUUUUACCAAAUACCACUUGAUCCGGACAGUUGUGAACUUACCACUUUUAUAACUCCAAUGGGGCGUUAUUGUUUUAAAAGAGUUCCAUUUGGAAUUACGAUCUUUCAGAGGAAAAUGACCGAACUUCUUAAAAAUCUUAAAGGAACAGAAGUCAUAAUUGAUGACAUUCUAAUUUAUGGCACCAGUAAAGAGGAACAUGAUGCUCGCCUAGAUUCAGUAUUGCAGACAAUUUAUCACAGUGGUUUAAAGCUAAACCGUGACAAAUGUGAAUUCUGUAAACCAGAAAUCGAAUAUUUUGGACAUAUUAUCAGUGCUAAGGGUAUCCAACCUAGUGCCGACAGAAUAAAGGCUAUCAAAUAUAUGCCAUCACCAAACAAUGUUGCUGAGUUACGCCGUGUCGUAGGGAUGAUAAACUAUUUGGGCAGAUUUCUACUUAACCUAGCCACUGUUAUUAGUCCGAUGACAGAUUUGUUUAAGACACAUAUUGCAUGGACAUGGGACUAUGCUCAAGAAGAAGCAUUCAACAGAGUGAAAGAACUACUCACCAACACACCUGUUCUUACCUUCUAUGACCAAUCGAAACCGAUAGUUGUAAGUGCUGACGCCAGCAGCUACGGACUUGGGGCUGCAUUAUUUCAGGAGGAGAAUGGAGAACUCAAACCAAUAGCAUAUUGUUCCCGCAAGCUUACAGCAGCUGAGGAGAGAUAUACUCAGAUAGAAAAAGAGUGUUUAGCUGGACUCUGA